GGUCUGUCUAGGACACAUUUAGAUAUGACAUAAUUAUGUCACAUCUAAGCUCAUGUCCACUCUGUUUGUGGUCUAUUUUUUUGUCCUAGUUUUUUUUGGUUGCUGCAUUAUAUAUUUGUGGGAGUUUAGAUAUGACAUCCUUAAAAAACAUGAAUUAGUCAAACUGAUCUUUCUAGCCCACUUGGCUCGACACCGUUUCUCUCUCCCUAGUCCAUUCUCCGAUUGCGGCGGCGAUGGCGACGGCGACUGUGCCGGAGGGACGACCCGGAAGCGAUUGCUACUCCCCAUCCUGGCGCGUCGAGUACUCCACCAUUCCCUCUCUCAUGCGACCAGGAGGCGAAGUGGACAGUGCAAAGAUCGGACGCGAGGUCGCGGCGACAACGGCCUUCUCCCUGCGCCCCUCCCCACCUCAGUCGGUCUUCUUGCCGUGUUCUUGAUUUUUUAGGAGCGGGGCAAAGGGAGAGGAAGAAGGCGAAGAAAGGAUCCCGGGUUGCCCAACAAGCCGCUCCCCGGGUUGCCGCUGGCCAAUGAGGAGACAGUGGACGGGAAGGGUGGAGCUCCUCGCUGAUCUCAAGUGCAAAAUUUGGGGUUCGGCCCCAACAAGAGCCCUCAUUCUGUCCGAUAAAAAAAAUCCCUUAUUCUGUCAGUGUUUGUCCCAACGCUUGUCAGAUAAUCGUUUUUACACUUUGUAAUGAGAUCAUGGAGAACUACCAGCUAGUACUACUCUGCCACGACUAUUUUUCUGCUAGAUUGCACUGUCACAUCAUCAAACCUAUGGACUAGAAAAAUCAUGCAACAAAAGAAGAAGAAACAAAAUACAUUCCCCCAAUAGUUCAACACGUCAUCAGACUUUAUGCAAAUAUUGUGAAUAUUGUUUCUGUCCUCUGAAGGUGUUAUGACUUGAAUCCCGAAUGCUAGUGGAGCAAGUAAUUACUACCUCUGUCCCAUAAUGUAAGACGUUUUUGCAGUAUAAUUUGAACUCCAAAAACGUCUUAUAUUAUGGGACGGAGGGAGUAGAUUCUUGGAGCCUAGUUCAAUCUCGUAUGCUCUUCUACUGACUGAAAGCAUUCAGUCAUGCUUAUUUUAAAUCUUUCUCAUUGUAAUUCAUAUACCUCUCCGUGGAUCACUCAGCUGUCAGUUUUUUAAUAACUCAACUGUAGUUUGCGAGUAACUAGUUUCAAAAUGUUUUGAAAAUGCUACUUGCAUGCAGGAAGUAAAAAUAGUAUACUGACAAGCUCCUACCAUGCCACUACUGUGAUUUCAGCAUAGUUUAUGGUAUACUAACAAGUACCUACGAUGCCUCUAUUGUUUUUACUUGGGCCCCUAAUAUAAUUUCAGCUGUGGUUAAUGGUAUAGUAACAAGCACCUAUGAUCCCCUAUAUUAUUUACCUGGGCCCCUAAUAUAAUUUCAGCUCUGUUUGGUCUUUGGAAAUGGUAUAUGUGGAAAUAAAGAACUAUGCCUUUCAUUCUGCUAAUUAGUCAAUUUUGUAGUUUCUUUCUUUUCCUCAGUGUUAUGCCAAUAUGUUUCAGCUCGGCACUUGGAGUAAUUAGAUGGUCCUUCUCCUAUGUUUACUAGAUUGUCAGCAACGAUUAAAAGCUUAGUUCCUUUAAUGUGACAUAGAUGUGGAAAAAGCAUCAACCUAUUUAAUAAUGUAUCCAUCCAUCUAGCAGCAGGUAGUGUAACAAGCAUAAGUAGCUAGUGACCCAGACAAAGAAACUCACUAAAGAGAUGGGAUGAGUCUAGGUGAGCACUCUGAAUCUACAAAUUCCUUGAGCCAUUUUUACAUUAUGCAAGCUGUUAUGACCGGCAUAUUAGGGGCUUAGCCCAGGCUUAGCCCAAUGGGUUGUGGCCCAAAUUAUCUUAUCGUUAUUAGGGGCUUAGCCCAAUUAUCUUAUCGUUAUUAGGAUCGUUUGCUUAGGAGUCAAGUAAACCUCUCUAUAUAAGGAGAGGAGAUGUAUCAAUAUAAUCAAGCAAGAAGCAAUCAUUAUUUGCUCGGCUUCCCGAAGGGAGCCGGGAGACCUAACCCUAGCCGCCUCUUGCGCCGCCGCCGCCUCUUCUUCAUCGCGCCACGGCGCCCCGCCGCCGCCAGCCGCGAUCGCAUCUCCGUCCACCCUCCCCCUUUCCGUACAACCUACGCCCUAGACCAGGUAGGAUCCUAGCUCCUACCAAUUUGGUAUCAGGUAGCUUGGUUUCGAUCAUGUCUGCACCACCACCCAACCUGCCGCUGCCCGUCACCACCGCGCCGCUACCUCUCUCCACCGCGUCGCUGGCUCUCCCCACCGCGCCGCUGGACUCCACCGCCGGCGCCUCCACCGGCCAGGCGCCGCCGCCCUCCACCGCGCCGCCCGUCACCAUCUACUCGCCGGCGGAGAUGACCGGGGUCCUCAACGACCUCGUCACCGCCGUCCAAGGCAUACACCUCUACCUGGCCGGGCCCUACGGGCAGCCGCCGCCCUUGAAGCCGGCCACCGCAACCAGGCCAGCCGCCCUGCCCUGGUACGCGGCCACCACGGCGCCGAUCGGGCCUCUACACCACCACUGGCCCGGUCAGCCGUCGCCCGCCGUCGCCCCCCACCGGCCGCAGUGGCCGGCUCCGGCGAUCGCCGCGCCCCCAAUGCCUCCCGGGUCCGGGCAGCCGCAGCUGCCAGCCCCACCGCCGCCCGUUGCCGCGCCUCAAUGGCCACAGUGGCCGGCCCCGGCCCUCGCUGCGCCCCCGACACCUCCCGGGUCCGGGCAGCCGCAGCCCCAGCUGCCGGUCCCACCGCCGCCCGCUGCCGCGCCUCAAUGGCCACAGUGGCCGGCCCCGGCCCUCGCUCUGCGCCCCCCACGCCACCCGGGUCCGUACCGCCGCAGCUUCCGGCCCCGCCACCGCCCAGCACGGGGCCCGGGUCACCCUUGCAGGGAGGCGUACCGAUCCAGCAAGUGCGCUUCCCGCCGUCACCGUCCCCCAUACCGGCCUGGCUGACCGGAUCAUCACCGUCACCCGUCUACACGUCGGCUGGAGACCCGCCGGCACCCACUCUGCAGUUUGGCGAUCCCUCUGACUCGGCGGGGUACUCCAUGGGCCGCGGCCAUGCUGACCAGGCGCCCCAAUCCUCGCUGCUUCGCACCUCCGAGCCAGUCGGCCACGGCGCUCCGACUCAAACACCGCCGCGGUUUGCCAAACUGGACUUCGCCACUUAUGACGGCACGGAGGACCCCCUCAACUGGCUCAACCAGUGCGAGCAGUUCUUUUGCGGGCAGCGCACCCUCGCCUCGGAGCGUACUUGGCUCGCCUCUUACCACCUUCGCGGCGCGGCACAGACCUGGUACUACGCCCUCGAGCAGGACGAGGGCAGCAUGCCCCCUUGGGAGCGCUUCCGCGAGCUCUGCCUCCUUCGUUUUGGGCCACCGAUCCGCGGGAGCCGCCUGGCAGAGCUAGGCCGCCUUCCCUUCACCUCAACGGUUCAGGACCUCGCCGACCGUUUCCAAGACCUGGCAUGCCACGCGUCGGGCGUGAUGGCGCAGCAGCGGGCCGACCUCUUUGUCGGUGGACUUCCGGAUCACAUCCGCGUGGACGUGGAGCUUCGGGGACCCCAGGAUCUCCAGACGGCCAUGUACUACGCCCGUGCGUUCGAGCGCCGCGCGGUGGCCAUCCAGCAAGAAUCACCGUCCCGGGCCGCCGGGUCGCUACCCUGGCCGGAUGUUCCCGCGCAGGGUCGGCUGCUCAGGCUUUCGCGGCACCCCUCGCAACGACCGCGGCACGCCCGUUCCGCCGGCUCACCUCGGCCGAACAACUCGAGCGUCACCGCCAAGGGUUGUGCUUCAAAUGCGACGAGCCCUACACGCCCGGCCACGUCUGCCCGCGACUCUUCUACCUGGAGGCUGCAGACUACAUUCCGGAGGACGCCGUCGCCGCCGACCUGGCCGCCCCAGUUGUCGCGAAGGUGUUUGAUGCUGGUUGAUCACCUCGAGGAGUUCAGCAAGCGCUUCUCCACCUUACAGCUCGAGGACGAGCUGUUUGUGCAGGUGGGGAGAAGUGUUAUGACCGGCAUAUUAGGGGCUUAGCCCAGUGGGUUGUGGCCCAAGUUAUCUUAUCGUUAUUAGGGGCUUAGCCCAAUUAUCUUAUCGUUAUUAGGAUCGUUUGCUUAUGAGUCAAGUAAACCUCUCUAUAUAAGGAGAGGAGAUAUCAAUCUAAUCAAGCAAGAAGCAAUCAUUAUUUGCUCGGCUUCCGGAAGGGAGCCGGGAGACCUAACCCUAGCCGCCUCUUGCGCCGCCGCCUCUUCUUCAUCGCGCCACGGCGCCCCGCCGCCGGCAGCCGCGGUCGCAUCUCCGUCAACCCUCCCCCUUCCCGUACAACCUACGCCCUAGACCAGGUAGGGUCCUAGCUCCUACCACAAGCAUAACAGAAGAGAUAAAAUGUAGAUACUUUUAGGCACAUGCCCCAAACAUGCGUGACAUUAGCUCCAGAUCUGUAAUUAACAGUAUGCCAACUAUGCCAACUACACAUAGCAUUUGAGACCCAAAAAAUGUAGACACAAAAUGGAAGCACAAUAGCCAAACACUUUGAACUUCAAAUAUCAUCAAGUCCUAUAUAUGAAAAGGUAAAUUUCUGCCUGAGGCUUGCGCAAUUUCUGUUAUCAUCUAGUUUAAUGCUCUGUAUGUAUAUGCUAUAUAUAAGUAAAAAUAUGCAUGCAUUUUUCCCUCUAGGGAAGAGCACUCCUCUAUUUCUGUUAUCAUCUAAUUUAAUUCUCAGUAUGUAUACACGUUAUAAGUAAAAAUCUGCAUGCGUGCUUUUCUCUAGCAAAGAGCAUUGCUCUAUUUAUCUCGGACCAUCAUGUCUCAUUCACCAGGUUGCUGCCUUGCUGGUAAGAAUCUAUCCAUGUUUUAAUGUUUUUCUGACUUCAGUUUGUAGUUGUAACAUCUGUCCUUAAGCUUCAACAGUUCACUCUGCAAGCUUCUUUCAAGUGCGGUCGCCUGAGAUUAUCCCAUUGGCUUUGACUAAGAGUUCCACUUAAUUGUUAGGUUGCUCAUUCUAAAGUUCAUGAUUCUGCAUGCGAGCAAAGGAUGUGAUAAGCGCAGUUUUUCCCUGUAGUUUUGCAGACUUUAUUCAUCAUGACGAUUUUAUGGAGUAUGAACAAUGGGUAUCUGCAAGGGAGGUUCCAAGAAGACCGCAAGAUGCUAGGCAUCAACCAUUUUGAGGUCGUUUUAGCAAGACCUGAUGUUUCGGUGCGUAUAGCGCAGUGUAACAUGAUCAAGUCAGUAUAUUUCUGUAAUUAUACGUCGCCUUGUCCAUAUGUGUUACCCCAACUAUCAGUAUUCUGCAUGAUGAACUAA